AUGGCGGAGGUCAAAGUAGACCAAGCGGUGCUCGAUUCCGUGAAAGGGAAGGUUGUUGUCCUCGCCGGUGGAGCACAAGGCAUUGGGGCAGCAACAGUGAGCCAACUCUACACAUCUGGCGCCCACGUCUUCUUUGGCGACUGGGACGAUGUCAAAGGCUCCAGAGUUGUCGAAGAACUCCGUGCGUCGUCGACGAGCAAUAACGGCACCGUGACCAACUUGAAGGUCAACAUCACGGAUUACCAAUCGCUGCUUUCACUGUUCGAUGCAGCAUACAAGAAGCAUGGCCAGAUCGAUAUGGCAAUUUGCUGCGCGGCGGUGACAGAACGAACGGGGUAUUGGGAGCCAAACAAGCUGAAUCUUGAAUCUGUGCGAGAGACACCCAAAGGCAUCACCGAAGUAAUCGACAUCAAUCUGAACGGCAGUAUGUACUUCGCUCGGAUAGCCGUGGCAUAUCUGAAGGAGAACCACGACAUCACCGGCACAAAAGCAGGCCCGAAAUCCAUAAACUCACCGAAAUGCAUCACCCUGGUUUCCUCCGUGGCAGGCUUCACCGAAGCACCAGGCCUCUUCGCAUACUCGUCCGCGAAACACGGCGUCCUAGGCCUUAUGCGUGCAUUACGCGCCUACGUCGCGCCCUUAUACGGCCUGAGAGCCAACGCGAUAUGUCCCUGGGCAACCGACACCCAGCUUCUAUCCGGUAUCCUCGGCAUGUGGCAAGACAAGAAAAUGCCACUGAACACACCCGCCGACGUCGCAAAGUAUAUCAUUCAGGUGACAGCGGAGCCGCAGACGCAUGGCAAGGCGCUGUUCGUCACGGGCGGUAACGCGGUCGACAUUGAGCAGGGACUUGCAGAGACGCAGCCUCAGUGGCUUGGCGAGAAGAAUAGCAGAGAGUUUAAUAUCGGACAGGAGAUUUUGGGGCUGGGCACGGGAUGGGGAAACUAA